AAAAAAAAUUCUUUUAGUUAAAAAUGUCUAAAGCUGCUGCCGUUGGUAUUGAUUUGGGUACUACUUACUCUUGUGUUGGUGUAUGGCAAAACGAUCGUGUUGAAAUUAUUGCCAACGAUCAAGGUAACCGUACCACACCCUCUUAUGUCGCAUUCACCGACACAGAACGUCUCAUUGGUGAUGCUGCUAAAAACCAAGUUGCUAUGAAUCCUCAUAACACCGUUUUUGACGCUAAACGUAUGAUCGGUCGUCGUUUUGGUGAUAGUGAAAUUCAAGCCGAUAUGUUACACUGGCCUUUCAAGGUUAUUGAUAAGGAAGGAAAGCCUGCUAUUCAAGUUGAUUUCAAGGGUGAGACCAAGACCUUCACACCUGAGGAAAUUUCUUCUAUGAUCCUUGUCAAAAUGAAGGAGACUUCUGAAGCUUACUUGGGUGGUACUGUUGACUCUGCUGUCAUUACCGUUCCCGCUUACUUCAAUGACUCUCAACGUCAAGCCACCAAGGAUGCUGGUGCCAUUUCUGGAAUGAAUGUUCUUCGUAUUAUUAAUGAACCUACCGCUGCUGCCAUUGCCUAUGGUUUGGAUAAGCAAUCUAAGGCUGAGACCAACGUUUUGAUUUUCGAUUUGGGUGGUGGAACCUUCGAUGUUUCUCUCUUAACUAUCGAAGAUGGUAUCUUUGAAGUAAAGGCCACCGCUGGUGAUACUCAUUUGGGUGGUGAAGAUUUUGAUAACCGUCUUGUUGAUCACUUUAUGCAAGAAUUCAAGCGUAAGUUCAAGAAGGAUAUUGCUGGUAAUGCCCGUGCUAUCCGUCGUCUUCGUACCGCAUGUGAACGUGCAAAGCGUACUCUGUCUUCUGCCGCUCAAACCACUAUUGAAAUCGAUUCUCUCUUUGAGGGUGUUGACUUCUAUACAUCCUUGACUCGUGCUCGUUUCGAAGAAUUGAAUCAAGAUCUCUUCCGUAAGACUAUGGAACCUGUCGAAAAGGUUCUUCGUGACUCCAAGAUUGACAAGGGUUCCGUCCAUGAUAUUGUCCUUGUUGGUGGUUCUACUCGUAUCCCCAAGGUCCAAAAGUUAGUCUCUGACUUCUUCAACGGUAAGGAACUUAACAAGACUAUCAAUCCUGAUGAGGCUGUCGCGUAUGGUGCUGCUGUACAAGCCGCUAUUUUGACUGGUAACACCUCCGAAAAGACCGAUUCCCUCCUUCUUUUGGAUGUUGCUCCUCUCUCCCUCGGUAUUGAAACCGCUGGUGGUGUAAUGACUCCUCUUAUUAAACGUAACACAACUGUUCCAACCAAGAAGUCUGAAAUUUUCUCUACUUAUGCUGAUAACCAACCUGGUGUUCUUAUUCAAGUAUUUGAAGGUGAACGUGCCCGUACUAAGGAUAACAACAUUCUUGGUAAGUUUGAAUUGACUGGUAUUCCUCCUGCACCCCGUGGUGUCCCUCAAGUCGAGGUUACUUUCGAUGUUGAUGCAAAUGGUAUUUUAAAUGUCUCUGCUCUCGAUAAGACUACCGGUAAAUCCAACAAGAUCACCAUCACCAACGAUAAGGGUCGUCUUACUAAGGAAGAUAUUGAACGUAUGGUCAAUGAUGCUGAAAAAUACAAGGCUGAAGAUGAGGCUGCUGCCGCUCGUAUCCAAGCUAAGAAUGGUCUCGAAUCUUACGCUUAUAAUCUCCGUAACACACUUCAAGAGGAAAAGGUCUCUACUAAACUUGAAGCUGCCGAUAAGGAGAAGUUGGACGCUGCCGUUAAGGAAGCUAUUGAAUGGCUCGAUAACUCUCACGAGGCUUCAAAGGAAGAAUAUGAAUCUCGUCAAAAGGAAUUGGAAGAAGUUGCUAAUCCUAUUAUGAUGAAGUUGUAUCAAGGUGAAGGUGGUGCCCCAGGUGGUGCUCCUGGUGGAUUCCCUGGUGGUGCUCCUGGCGGUGCUGCUCCUGGUGGCGAUAGUGGACCUACCGUUGAAGAGGUUGAUUAA